CCCACCACUACCAACACCAUCACCAACGCCGUCAACAUGUCCCAGCCGAUGAUUGACCGCUGAUUCCUACAUCUCUCCACUUGACACUGCCCAUCCAUCCAUCCAACUAAACAACAUUCACUUCAACCUACUCUCCAAUGCGCCAUGUCGUGAUCCUUUAUUCCUUUUCUGUCGUUUAGCAAUGGCACACCAGAGGAAAUCACAACGGCCAGAUGGCGUCACCAACGGCCACGCCUAUGCCGGUGAACACUCCAUUGACCUCUCUUCAGAAAAGGUAGACCGCUCACGCUGGCGGCUCGAAGUUGGCGAAGACAGCCGCCACGUCUGGCAUUAUCUCAAGACCGACCAACAGGUCAAGGACUGGCCACAAUCCACCUCAGACAAGUAUUAUUUAGGACUUCCUAUUAACCUCCCCAAUCUCCCUCUUGCCACCACUCCCUCUCAAUCCAUCGACAACUGCCUCAGCUUCUACUCCAAACUUCAACUCCCUACGGGGAACUGGGCCUGCGAAUAUGGCGGCCCCCUCUUCCUUCUCCCAGGCCUUGUUAUCUGCUGGUAUGUCACCGGUACUCCGAUUCCCGUCGAGCGGCAAAUCGAGAUGAGAAAUUAUCUCUACUCUGUCCAGAACAAAGAUGGUGGAUGGGGCCUGCACACCGAAGGCCAUUCCUCCGUCUUUGGCACCACCAUGAACUACACAAUUUUACGUAUCCUGGGAGCCAGUGAAGAGCACCCUCGCCUCAUCAAGGCAAGAGCAAAGCUGCAUCAACUGGGAGGUGCCGUCAACGGUCCACACUGGGCCAAGUUUUGGUUGUCACUUCUUGGUGUCGCCCAAUGGGACUUGGUCAACCCGGUUCCGCCUGAAUUGUGGCUUCUCCCAGAUUGGGUCCCUUUCGCACCCUGGCGAUGGUGGAUACAUAUGCGCCAGGUCUUCCUCCCCAUGUCUUAUAUCUGGUCAAAGCGGUGGACUAUGCCAGAAACCCCACUUGUCCGCCAGCUUCGCGACGAGCUGUUCACCCAGCCCUAUGACACCAUUGACUUUGGCAGCCACCGCAACUCAAUCGCCCCCGAGGACAACUACCAUCCCAAAUCUUGGCUGCUCAAUCUCAUCAAUUGGAUCCUCGUCUGGAUCUGGAUCCCUUUCCUCCGCACCGACUUUAUCGCUCGAAAAGCCGAAGCCUGGACAUGGCGAUUGAUCCAGUACGAAGACGCCAACACUGACUACGCCGACCUAGCUCCCGUCAACGCGCCUAUGAACACAAUUGCAUGCUUUAUCCACGAUGGUCCAGAUUCCUACUCGUUUAACCGACAUCUCUACCGGCUUCAAGAAUACCUUUGGGUCAAUGCUGACGGAAUGCUUGUCAAUGGAACCAACGGCGUUCAGGUGUGGGAUACCUCCUUUACCAUUCAAGCCUGUGUUGAGGCGGGACUGGCCUCGAGUUCCAAAUGGAAACCCAUGCUCACUCAGGCCCUCGCCUAUCUCGAAGGCGAACAGAUCCGAGAAGACGUCCCGGACCAGGACAUCUGCUACCGCCAAUCCCGCAAAGGAGCAUGGCCCUUUUCCACCAAACUCCAAGGCUACACCGUCUCCGACUGCACCGCUGAAGCUCUACGGGUGGUCCUUCUUCUCCAGGAGGAGCACGGAUAUGCGGUCCAAGUGUCGGAACAACGGAUCAAGGACGCCGUUGAUGUGCUUCUCACCAUGCAGAACAAACACACGGGUGGCUUUGCGUCAUACGAACGCCAACGUGGCAGUGAAUGGAUGGAAUUGCUCAACGCGGCCGAGGUCUUUGGGAGAAUCAUGGUGGAAUAUGAUUAUCCCGAGUGCACGACAGCAGUGGUGACGGUGUUGUCGCUCUUCCAAAAACACUACCCGGAGUACCGGGCGCAAGAGAUCAAGGACAUCAAGCAGACGGCGUGCGAAUAUAUUCGACGCGCGCAACGACCAGACGGAUCAUGGUACGGGUCAUGGGGCGUGUGCUUCACGUAUGCGGCCAUGUUUGCGUUGGAGUCGCUGUCAACCGUCGGCGAGACUUACGAGACCUCGGCGCGUGUGCGCAAGGCAUGUGACUUCCUCUUGUCGCACACGAUGCCGGACGGCGGUUGGGGUGAGAGCUACCGGGCUUCGGAACUCAAGGUCUGGGUGGACCAUGAGCGGAGCCAGGUGGUGGCCACGAGCUGGGCGUGCAUCGCCCUCAUGUAUGCGGGAUAUCCGGGCAAGGAACCCAUACGACGGGCACUCAACAACGUCCUCCUGGCACGCCAGCAGAGUGACGGACAGUGGUUGCAAGAGGCCAUCGAGGGCGUCUUCAACUGUUCUUGCAUGAUUACAUAUCCCAACUACAAAUUCAUCUUUCCGAUCAAGGCCCUCGGCAUGUACAAGGCGCGAUGGGGAGAUGAGUUAUAACGACGCCGACGAUGAUCAUGUCGGUCCAGAGACGGAGCUUAGGGUGCUAGGAUGCCAGAGUCUAUAUUCGCAUUAAUUAUAUCCUAGACAUUUCAGAGCUGGGCUAAUCAAAACGCCUCGUGUCCUCCACAGAUCUAACGAAUUUUGAUCGCAAGAUUCCUGACCGCACUUCCUCUUCCCUGAGUUUUCUUUUUGGCCCUGUCUGUUAUUGGACCUCAUGUGUUGUCACUCCCCACGACUUGAUAGUAUAUGGACGGGUCUUCGCGAACGAAGAUCCCCGUGGACAACCCUGUCAGUGGAGAAUGGGCUGUGUCGGUCAAAUUGAGCCUUGG